UCUGUUUCUUUGCUCGUGAGGUUUUCUACAGGAGGACGAAGGAUGAGGAAGAGAGGGGAGCAGAAAGUGGACAGCAGCAUCCUCAUCGCCAUGGAAACAAACCCUGAGAACAACUAUGGCAGCAUCACCCAGGAACCUCGGCGUCAGAACCGGGACAGGAACGUCUUCAGAGACGGAACGACUCGAAUUGAUUUUGUGCUGGUGUGGGAGGAGCCUCGGGUUGCUAAUGACGACAGCUCAGGUGUUAGCUCCGCCCACAGGAAGUGGAGGGAGCAGUUUCUGAGCAGACUGAAACAAGCAGGCCUACUGCAGGAGCAGAGGGAGGUCUGCCAGGAGAAGAAGACGACCUGCUUCGUCCUCCUCAGCGCGCCGUGGAGCGUCCUCUGUUACUACGCUGAGGAGAUCAGUCUCAGAGUCCCGCUGCAGGUCGUCACCGCUCCCAUCGUCAACUGGUCUGAGCAGCUCCUGUCCAAGCUGUCCCUCCCCAACCCCUUCAGCCAGGAAGUCCCCAACCCACCACCUGACUACUACACCUGUCAGUUCAGGACCAACAAGCUGGAGAGGUUCCUGGGAAGUGACGACAAAGAGACGUUCUUUAAGACCACCCAGAGGCACCAGGUGCUGUAUGAGAUCUUGGCCAGAACUCCAUAUGGUUCUGUGAAGAAUGGCGAGGUGGGCAUCGACCGGCUGAUCAGUGAGCAGGUCUUCUCUGCUGCAUACCCACUGCAUGAGGGGGAUUUCAAGCUGCCAAGCCCCCCAGUGCCCCUCCAAGCUUUGGGACUGAGGCAGAUUCUGUACGAAUUCUGGUCCAAGUGGUCCUGCUGGAGACGCUACCAACCUCUGGACCACAUAAGGGAGUAUUUUGGGGAGAAGAUAGCUCUGUACUUUGCAUGGAUCGGUUUCUACACUGGUUGGUUGCUACCGGCGUCUCUGAUUGGGACUCUGAUCUUCCUGGUGGGUUUUUGGCUCGUGGCCACUGAUGUUCCAGCGAAGGAGGUGUGCGAAAGCGGAGACACUUUCAUCAUGUGUCCUCUCUGUAACAUCUGCUCCUCCUGGAACUAUUCCAGCAUCUGCAUCACCUACAAGGCGGGUCUCCUGUUUGACAACGGCGGAACAGUGUUUCUAAGCGUAUUCAUGUCUUUGUGGGCCGUCACCUUCCUGGAGUACUGGAAGAGAACGUGCUCGGCUCUCUCUCACCGCUGGGACUGCUCUGACUUCCAGGACGUUGAGGAGCGUCCCCGUCCAGAGUUCACAGCUAUGGCGCCGAUGACCAUGAGGAACCCGGUCACCGGGGCUGAGGAACCUUACUUUCCAGAGAAGAAGCGGUUCAACAGAACUGUGACUGGAUGCAUGGUCAUCGUCAUCAUGGUUGCUGUGGUGCUGAUGUUUCUUAUCGCCAUUAUUUUGUACCGGACCAUCCUCAGCGUAGUCAUCUACAAGUCGGCAACAGCUGACAGCUUCUUCAGCUCCUCUGCCGGGAGGAUAGCCAGCUUUUCAGGAUCAGUGCUGAACCUGAUUGUUAUCCUCAUGCUGUCCAGAGUUUACGUCACGCUGGCCCACAUCCUCACACGCUGGGAGAUGCAUCGCACUCAAACCAAAUAUGAGGACAUGUUCAUCCUCAAAGUCUUCAUCUUCCAGUUCGUGAACUUCUACUCCUCUCCAGUUUACAUCGCCUUCUUCAAAGGGAGGUUCGUCGGUUAUCCGGGAAACUACAAAACUCUGUUUGGAGUUCGCAAUGAAGACUGUGGAGCGGGUGGAUGUCUCAUUGAGCUGGCUCAGGAGCUGCUGGUCAUCAUGGUGGGAAAACAGCUGAUCAACAACAUCCAGGAGUUCAUCUCCCCGAAGGUAAAGUCGUGGUGGCAGAAGAAGAAACGGCGACCUCAAGCGAAGGAGAAGUACGACGAGGCAGGAGAGGAGGAGCAGACAGAGGAGGGCGUUUCUCCCUGGGAGGCGGACUACCAGCUGCUGGUCUGUGAGGGACUCUUCAGUGAAUACCUGGAGAUGGUGCUCCAGUUUGGAUUCAUCACCAUCUUUGUGGCAGCGUGUCCCCUCGCUCCGCUCUUCGCCCUCAUCAACAACUGGGUGGAGAUCCGUCUGGACGCCCAGAAGUUCGUCACCGAGUACCGCCGUCCGGUGGUGGAGCGAGCGCAGGACAUCGGGAUCUGGUUCCCCAUCCUGCAGUUCAUCACGCACACGGCCGUGCUCAGCAACGCCUUCCUCAUCGCCUUCACCUCCUCCUUCGUUCCUCGCCUCUACUAUCGCUACACCAGGGACAGCAGCCUGAGCGGCUUCGUUAACUUCACCCUGGCUACGUCUCCUCAGAGCUACGCCCAGCAGCACCACAGCGCCUCCUGCAGGUACCGAGGUUUCAGGGAUGACAAAGGAGACUACCUCCCUGAGUAUUUCCACCUCCUCGCCAUACGGCUCAGCUUCAUCAUCAUCUUCGAGCACGUGGUCUUCUUCGUGGGUCGACUGAUCGACUUGAUGGUUCCUGACAUUCCUGAGGAGGUGGAGAUGAAGAUCAAACGGGAGCACUACAUGGCUAAGGAGGCGCUGGCUGAGAAUCAGUCUUUGGGGAGAACCUUGAUUCUGAGCGAUAAGGACCUGCAUCAGCGCGGAUCCAGAGUCCCACAACCACGGCGGGUCUCCCCUCCGCUAGACCUGAAGGAGGAUCCAGGAGGAACGGACCCGACCAGCAGCUGCUGACCUGCAGACCCACUGCGUCAGACCGGUUCUCAUGGAAGUCCUUCAACCUGUGGAAGAUCUUCUGGGUGUUUUCUGGACUUAUUUAAGAUUAUCCAGCUUCCUAACAUGUCUACAACUCUGUGUCGGUGCAAAAGUUCCACUCUUGUCUUCUGAGACGAUCCACAUCUGGAGCUAAAGACCGGCGAGGUGCUGUUUGUUGCACAGCCCAAAGACUUCUGGGUAAUUCUCCUCAGAAAGCUGAGCUACCAAGAAAAGCUGAAGGCUUCUUAAGACUUUAGAAGAUCUACCUCAAACAGAGGGGAGCUAGAAGCACUGAAGAUAAAAUCUGCUUCUAUAGAGUCGCAUUAAAGCGGUUCUUUUAUUCUGCUGAUGGACUGAACUAAGGUUCAAACAUCUUUAUAGUAUUUUAGGAUAUUUUGGCCAUAAUAUUUGAGACGUUUCUGUUAUUGCAUUAAAACUGCUGAGAUUGAUGCUUUUGUUUUAAUUUCCCCUCAGUUUUCAGUCACAUGAGUCAUUAACUUCUAAAUAAAAAUAAUUUUAAUGUUGAAAAUUUAGAGUUUUAUCACCUUUAAAUUUAGCCCAGACAGACCAAUGAAGAUGUUUCUUCUCUGUUUGCGUGUCCUCUAGCACUAAUUGGUCCAAACACCAGGAAGAUUAUUGGUGCUUUAAUAGAGUCUGCUGAUGCUAUGAGUUUACUCCUGAUGGCAGAGCGUCUGCCUGGUGGUGUCGUUCUAGACACAUUAGCUUUAUGCAAAUUAAACCCUUACAUCCCGUCACAUGUUUCAUGGAUUUAGUUUCAUUUGUAGCUAUUUUAGACUAUGAAUAUUCAGUGAUUCAGAUAUUAACAAUGAAUGAAACUGGUCUGCAUGUGAACUACAUUUCCUCCAUUCCUUCUUACAGCUGACCUCAUUUUUGGAAAGAUUUACAGUUUUACUCAUUAAAACGCUAAAUGUUGCUACUAAGGAGUUUAUUACUGAAAGUCAAUAUGUUCUGCAAACCUCUGAAUGUUACAUGGAAUAAAUCCAUUUCAUUUUUCUUCUCAGGAGGUAAUCAUACAGUUAUUAAUGCUUUUUUUAAAAAAGAGAUGUAAUCGUUACAUGUUAAUUAUAUGUAUAAUUAUAUUUGUUCCAAUAAA